GUCUCUAGUCUAUAUAACUCAGCACAUCACUGUCCCCCUUCCACUUUUCACUCUCUCUCUCUGUCUCUCUCUCACACACACACACACUCAAUCAUCAUUUCACCAUGGGCAACUUUGCUGCCAACGAGGGACUUUCGGUCUUUGUCAUUCUGGUAUGGCUGGGAAUCAAUGCUUACCUGUUUGUCCAGUUCUACAUGAACUUCCUGACUGAGAGAUGGUUCUACACACGGGUCCUUCUUGGGGAUGCCCUCUCCUGGGCCAGGGCUCCUGCAGCCUGUCUCAACUUUAACUGUAUGCUUAUUCUGCUGCCAGUCUGCCGGAACCUUCUGUCCUUCCUGCGCGGCUCCAUUCAGUGUUGCAGUCGCACAGCUGCUCGACAACUGGACAGAAACAUCACCUUUCACAAGCUGGUAGCUUACAUGAUAGCAUUUCACACAGCGGUCCACAUCAUCGCCCACCUGUUUAACUUUGAGUGGUUCAUGGGAGCCCAGCUGUACAGGAACAGCAGCUCUCUGCCCUUUGUGCUGUCCCAGAUUGGCACCGGAGACAAUGCCUCCUACCUAAACCCCAUCAGGACUGACCAGACCAACCCAACCAUAGUGAUGUUCACUACCAUCGCGGGGUUAACGGGCGUGGUCAUCACCUUGGCCCUCAUCCUCAUCAUUACAUCAUCCAUGGAGGUCAUCCGCAGGUCAUACUUCGAGGUUUUCUGGUACACCCAUCACCUCUUCAUCAUCUUCUUCAUCGGACUCGUCUUCCACGGCUUCGGGCGAAUUGUCCGAGGGCAGACCGCUACAAGUCUCCUGGAGAACAAGCCAUCGCAGUGUAAAGAUCAGUUUGAGUCAUGGGGAAUGAACGGGACCUUCUGCCCUAAGCCAGAGUUUGCUGGGAACCCUCCUAUGACAUGGAAGUGGGUGGUGGGGCCUAUGAUCUUGUAUGUGUGUGAGAGACUGGUCCGAUUCUACCGCUCCCAACAGAAGGUGGUCAUCACCAAGGUGGUGAUGCACCCGUCCAAGACCCUGGAGCUCCAGAUGAAGAGGAAGGGCUUCAGCAUGGAGGUCGGCCAGUACGUCUUCAUGCAGUGUCCCUGCGUCUCCCAGCUGGAGUGGCAUCCCUUCACCCUCACCUCCGCCCCCGAGGAGGAUCACUUCAGCGUCCACAUCCGUAUCGUGGGCGACUGGACCCAGGGCCUGUACGAGGCCUGCGGAGGGGACAAGAACGAGACCCAGGAGGCAUGGAAACUGCCCAAAAUGGCGAUAGAUGGCCCGUUUGGUACGGCCAGUGAGGACGUGUUCGGCUAUGAGGUGGUCAUGCUGGUGGGUGCUGGCAUCGGGGACCCCUUCGCCUCCGUCCUCAAGUCAGUGUGGUACAAACACAUCCAGGAGAACCAGAACGUCUUCACCAAGAAGAUCUACUUCUAUUGGCUGUGUCCUGAGACCCAGGCGUUUGAGUGGUUUGCUGACCUGCUGCAGUCUCUGGAGGGACAGAUGACAGAGAAAGGCAUGGUGGACUUCCUCAGCUACAACAUCUACCUGACCCGCUGGAAAGAGACCGAGGCUGCUCACUUCAGAGUUCACCAUGAGGCAGAGAAUGACCCUAUCACAGGGCUGAAGCAGAAGACUCUGUAUGGGAAACCUAACUGGGACAAUGAGUUUACUACUAUUGGGACAAAGCAUCCAGAGAAAAAAGUAGGAGUGUUCCUGUGCGGUCCCACCCAGCUGGCUGACGUCUUGGAGAAGCAGUGCCUGUCUCACUCUGAGGCUGGUGUCAAGUUCAUCUUCAACAAGGAAAACUUCUGAGACCCCAACAUCCCUCCAAGAACACCAAUGAGGCAAUAGCAUUAUUCCUACUUUAUCAAAGUUAGCUUUCAAUAUUGCCCAGACCCAGAGUAUCCUCUGGCUUGUAAGCUGUUUCACAUUCCUAAACUGUUGUGUUGUUAUCCCCAACAUAAACAAUCAAUGCUUUUUAUAUGGAUUCUUUGGGUGAAUCACAUUUUUAAAACUUAAGUGCCCUUAUCUCACACAAGUUUAUCAGAUCAUAGCAACAAAAAUGGAAGUAAACUUCACUGUUCUAAUGAUCAUGACCUUCCACACCCCUCCUCAGUGACAUUUCACAACGGGUUUCUUGCACAAAUCUGUGAAGAAAUUACCAAACCUACCCGCAUUUACCACAGAGGCCAGAACGUUAUUCUUGUUCUGCAAUACAACAUGCAAACACAGAAACUCUAGUGUCAAAACUCUCUAGUUCCACUUCCUCCUGUUUCUGGUGUUGUAUUUACACAUUUGUAUAAGCAAAAUAAUAUGCAUAAAGUUAACUUCAUUUAAAAAAUAUAUUUUCACUGCACCAGGGAUAGCCUACCAGACAUUUUGCCUUUGCAGCUUUCUUCAGUGUGUAGGUACAGCAAACGUUUGUCGAAAAUGAAAAUGAGCAGCAACAAAAAGCUUUUUGGGAUGUGAUAUUCUAGUUACCCCAGCUGCAGCUUCUCCUGCUGGACUCAAUAGCAGCUGAGAGUUUCUGUAGGCUGGCCAAGUGAGUGAUACAUUUCAGCGACUAGUGAGCACACUGACACUGAGUCAGUCCUAUGUGUGUACGUGUGGGAGUUCAGCGUCUCUUUUUACUGAGGUCACGGUCAAAUAAACCUAAAGUGCUGGUGAGGAAAAGUCUUGCAUCGUGUGGCUGAUCAACUAGACUGCAUAAAGUAUUGUGAUAACGCUUGGCUAGAGUUGUUCUGCAUGGUGUUGUAUUUGUGUUGCUUGAUAGAAGUUAUACACAGACAUCAUAAAAAGGUUUAAUUUGAACGUUUAAUGACAUUCAGCUAUGGGUCCUACAGUCUAUUGAUGGCACCUUCCACCCCACAAAAUUACAGGCAUAUUACUAUUUCUAUGGAACUUAUUUUAUUAUUUUGUUUAAACAAUGAUUGCAACUUGAAAUUGUGUCUGUAUACAAUAUCCUGUGAUCUGUUUACAUAGCAUUUCCUAAAGCAAGUUAAUCUGAUCUGUGAUGUAAAAUAAUGUACAUAAUAAACACACUGCUUUUCCUCACCCUAUAUCAAGGAAUUGCGACAACAGGACAAAUAAGCACCCACCAAAAUAAUUACUUAUUCAUUAUAAGUAAAGCCAACAUUAUAGUUCGAACAUUGGUAUCGUAAGGUAGCAGCUUUGAAGCCAAACUGUCAUAAUAGGAAGAUUUCAACUGAUGCAUUUAAAGUCAAUGAAUAAAGUGUCUUCGGGGUAGACAGCAUUUCAGCCAAUCCAGAGCAUUUCAAUAGAUGCAGUAAAUAGGUCAAUGGAAGUCAGACCGUGAGGAUAGAAGGACACAGGAUUGGCGCACAUUCAACAAAUCUGAUCUAACAGAGUAGAUAUUUGUCAAAUCCGUCAUGAUUGAUGUAUUGUAACGGGCCCACAAUGUGGUUACUAAAGUUCGAUUUGGAUAUAUUUGGCGGUUUUCACUGCAUAACAUUUAGAAGUUGUCCCUUUUCAGGUUUAGAAGAAGUGACCGCUAAAUGCUAACUCCCAUUCAUAUAAGCUGGUAGCAUAGCUAGCAUACAGAAAUCAGUGGUGGUCGUCAGUCGGUUUUUCUUCUAGUAUUACAUUGUCUUUGAUUAUUGCAUUGUUGGGUUUUGAGUUUUCAAUAAAGGCAUUUCACUGUA